UACUUUUACUCCUAUAGUUUCCUUAAGGCUGAUGAAAAUGAAGAUACUUGUAGAAUACACCAAGAAAAAAUUGCUGCAGCUGUUGAUAUUACAAGUGCUACAAAGUUUUUCAACCUCAACCUCCAUCAGUUUGGUCCAUACAGAAUUAAUUACACACAAAAUGGCAGGUUUUUACUGUUAGGAGGCCACAUGGGACAUGUUGCAGCCUUAGACUGGGUGACCAAGAGCUUAAUGUGUGAGAUCAAUGUGAUGGAAUCAGUUCAUGAUAUCAAAUGGUUACAUAUUCCUACAAUGUUUGCAGUUUCUCAAAAAAAUUGGGUUUACAUAUAUGACAACCAGGGCAUUGAACUUCACUGUAUUAAGAAACUUUAUCGUGUUCAAAAAAUGGAGUUCUUACGAUAUCAUUUCCUAUUAGCUUGUGCUAGUGAGACCAGUUAUCUCUCAUGGCUUGAUGUUUCAGUAGGAAAAAUGGUUGCACAAUUUUAUGCAAAGUCAGGCCACUUAGAUGUUCUUUGUCAAAAUCCCUAUAAUGCCAUUUUAGUGGCAGGUCACCCAAAUGGUACUAUUAGCAUGUGGUCUCCCAAUGUUGAAGAGCCUGUAGUGAAGAUGUUAUGUCAUACACAGCCAGUGAGAUCCAUUUCAGUUGAUUCCAGAGGAAUGUAUUUAGUGACAGGAUCUGCAGACAGAGUUGUGAAAGUUUGGGAUAUCCGUAACUACAAAUGUCUCCAGUCUUACAGAGUAGGAGGGCCACCUGUUCAAUUGACGUUCAGUCAGAGAGGGCUGUUGGGAGUGGCAAUGGAUAAUACUGUUGAGAUCUACAAAGACUGUUGUGUAAGCACUGCAACGAAACCUUACCUACGACACAAAGCUCCAGCUCCAGUUACAAAUUUGGAAUUCUGCCCAUAUGAGGAUGUGUUGGGAAUUGGCCAUAAUAAAGGGUUUACAAGUAUUCUUGUUCCUGGAGCUGGAGAACCUAACUUUGAUGCUUAUGAAUGCAACCCAUAUAUGACCAAAACUCAACGAAGAGAGAUGGAAGUUAAGGCUUUACUGGAGAAGGUUCAGCCAGAGCUAAUUUCUCUUGAUCCUGGAAAAAUUGGGGAAUUAGACAUCCCCACAUUAAAGGAUAAGAUUGAAAACAAGAAGAAAUUGUUGUAUGUGAAACCUUUGGACAUUGAGCUUGAACUUCAAAAAAAGAAAAAAGGAAAGACUAGUGCUCUGAAAAUGCAAAAGAGAAAAGAUGAUGUUAAAGAACAAGGAAAAAAGAAAUUUAUCCAAGACACGAUAGAGAAGAAACAGAAGAAGACGGAGCUAGUUAAAAGAAAAGAGAAUGUACUAGAUAGGUUUAGAUCUAAGCACUAAAUCAAAGAAAAAAGUAUUCUACCAUUUUUUCAAAUAAAUCAUGAGGAGAACUAAAAAAAUUUGUUUUGUCCUUUCAUACAAAGAAUCUUCAGUUAUAUCUAAAAAUUCUUUAUAUUACAACUUUCCAAAAAAUAAUAGAAACUGAAUCACGAAGUCGUACUACCUUAAGUAUUUUUCUACAUUUUGUCUUUGUAAUAGUUUUCAGGUAAAAAAUAUAGUAGCUUCAAUAAUAAACACAGGCUGACCACUUCAUUUAAAUCAUAACAUACACACACUCACAGAAUAUUCCAUUUAUCCACAUAUGCAAACUUUAUCAUUGAUUGUGUGAUGUAUUAAAUAUUAGUGUGAGUUUUACAGUCAUAUCAUAGUUAGUCUGCUUGACAAUGGGUAAGAAGAAGGAUAUCUUUGGCUUUAAAAGGGAAAUGUUAGUGGGUGUUUUAAUCAAAAAUGUUUCUUUGAGAGGCUGUUCAAAGGUAUAUAACCAGAACUUAUCAACAGUGUCAAUUAAAACAGAUUAUGUCUGCCAUUAGAAAUGACAUUCUAGUAAUCUCUGGCCACAGACUAGUAUAGCAUAAGAUUGAACAAGUUUGUAAAGUGUAGCCCAUGCCAGACAAUUUCCCAUUUGACCAUGAAUAAGAUUUAUUUUUUUUCUAACUCUGCCCUAGAAACACCCUACAAACCCUGCUAUAUGACAGCUGAUAGCAAGUACAAAAAGUUAUAUGUCACAUUCAUAGAAACAGUAAAGCAUGACUUCAGUGUUUUUAGAUCAUAAACUGUGGACAAGAAGCAUGUAAUGUGGUGUGAUGAGUUGCAAGCAAACUUCUGUAUAAAAUACAAGAGCAAUUAAAAAAGUUUUAGAAAAUUAA